AUGGGCCUUUUUAGUCGCAAGGACAAGAAGUCGGCAGCAGAUUCAGACAGAGGCCAUGGAUCAGAAGCUGGUUCCAUUCACAAGUCGCCAGCCAGCAAGCCCAUGAAUGGUAAUCCCUCGGCCACUGCUUCUCUGCCACACGUUCCGCUUCCCAGAGCCCCCGAUCCAACUCUCAAUCCCGCUGCCUACUUGCGCAGCAUCUAUGCCGUGCGCGAGAGAUCAAAGUAUGUGCUCGAGCUUGCUAAGCGCAACAAGACAAAGCACUUUGAUGUCGACAUGACCAAGUUCGCCGACACUGCACGCUUCGUUGUUUCAAUCAUUAACAGAGAUUACGCUCCCGACUACGCUUCAAUUCCCCCACAUGGCCGUUGGCAGCACUUCGAGAUUGGCGGCAGACCCAGAGUUGACCAGCUCAUGGCAACAUGGCCCAAGACGGUCAACGACCAGGAGCGCACCCGUAGACUCAUCGACCUCUUCCUCGUGUCUGUCUUGUUGGACGCUGGUGCAGGCACAAAAUGGACCUACAAGAGCAAGGAGUCGGGCAAGAUGUACAGACGCAGCGAAGGUCUCGCAGUUGCCAGUCUGGAGAUGUUCAAAGCUGGUGCAUUCAGCAGCAACCCCAAUGAGCCAUGUCAGGUCGACAGCGCUGGUUUGAAGAAGAUCAAUGCACAAUACCUAGCAAAGGGCCUGCAAGUCACAGAACACAACCCUCUUGCUGGUCUGGAAGGCAGAGCGACUCUCCUGGUCAAGCUUGGAGACGCUCUUCAGAACCAGGACAUCUUCGGCAUUGAGGCCAGACCUGGCUACCUUCUUGAUUACCUCCUCUCACAUCCUUCCACUCAAGCCUCAUCGGUACCCGUCGUCCCAUUGCCAACACUCUGGAAUGCUCUUGUUGAUGGUCUUGCCCCUAUCUGGCCUUCGACGCGCACUCAAGUGGAUGGUGUCCCAAUCGGCGAUGCAUGGCACUGUAAUGCAAUGCCCUCGGCGACGAACGCCCCGUGGGAGAAAAUCAUUCCUUUCCACAAGCUGACUCAAUGGCUCUGCUAUUCACUCAUGGUUCCUAUGACCAAGCUCAUGCACGUACACUUUGCUGGUACUGAGCUUCUUACUGGACUACCGGAAUACCGCAACGGCGGUCUUUUAAUCGACACUGGACUUCUUACCCUCAAGCCCGCAGACGCUAAGCGCGGUCUUGAGCAAUACCAGAUCAACGCCAUGAAGCAAGGACAACCCAACAUGGAGGUCGUGCCCAUGUUCAGCGUGGACGACGACGUAAUCGUGGAAUGGCGAGCAUUGACAGUCGGCUUCUUGGACGAGCUAUGCUUUGAAGUCAACUCUCAGCUUGGACUUGUAGGCAGCAAGAAGCUGAGUCUGGCACAGGUUCUCGAAGCUGGCACAUGGAAGGCCGGCAGAGAGAUCGCAGAGGUCUCGAGACCCAACACCAAGGAGCCGCCAAUCAUGAUUGUGUCCGACGGCACAGUCUUCUAA